AAGAAGACUCAAAUUUUUAUUCGCAUUUUGUAUCUCCCCUCUUGACACCUGAUGAUCACCCCGAGGGUGCUAAAUUCGUCUGAGUGAAGAUGAACAACUACAGUGUGUUUAGAAGAGUCGAGAAACCAGGGUUCCUUCUGGCAGACACACAGUCGCCUAGCAGUCACCUAGAAGAUAGAAAAUUAAUUGUGGUCAUCACACACCAUUAAAUUCUGUGCCCAAAGUUUCAGUGUCACUGGAGAUUUUUCAAACGAACGGAAAACGAUAAUGGAGUCAGAAGUUGCCCAAACAACGCCAGCCACAUCACGUGACCUCUCUGCCCGCUAUGGGACAACAGGAACUCUGACUUACCUCGGAGAUGACCCCCGACCUUUCACCUAUGUUCUCGACGGUUACGCCUGUAUGCCGUUUGUUCCACCGACGCUGUCGACGACUUUAGAUGUUCAUAUUGAUAAUCUCAAAAACAUGCAGCUUCGGGAUGAUGACAUGAUAAUAUGUGCUUAUCCUAAGGCAGGAACUCACUGGCUGUGGGAGGUGACCUCCAUGUUGUUGCAGGGCAAGGCCGAGUAUGACAGUCGCCCCAAGGAGGAACUCAUGAUGGAGUUCAUUGACGUUGACAAACUGGAGAAAACACCUUCUCCCAGGAUCCUCAACUCCCACCUGCCCUUCUACAUGCUGCCAUGGCAACAAAUGAAGGGGAAACGAACAAAGAUCCUAUAUGUGUAUCGAAAUCCCAAAGAUUCCUGUGUGUCCUUCUAUCACCAUAUGAAAGCCUUUGAUGAGGGUCCGAUCCAUGACAUGGCAUUCAACGAUUUCUGCGAGUUAUUUUUCUUUGGAAAAUUGCCAUUCGACAACUACUUCUGGCACAUGAAGCAGGUAACCACAUUUGUAGAGGAGAACCCCGACCUGCCAGUUCUGACUCUGUCGUUUGAAGACAUGAAGAAGAAUCCCUUAGAAAAUGUGAAACGUUUGGCCAAGUUUUUGGAACUGGAUGUCGACGAACAGCUUUGUAAAGACAUCACCGAUGCCUGCAGCUUCAAUAAUUUGAAGAAAGGAGCUGCGCUGAAAAAAAUCCCGCUUUCAAUUUUAGAAAUGGAAAAUGCGGAGAAAAAACCUCCCCCUCUUGAAUUUUACCGAAAAGGAGAAAUAGGAGACUGGAAAAACUAUUUCACGGUGGCCAUGAGCGAAAAAAUGGACGGCGCCAUUAAAGACCGGAUGGAAGGACUUCCUUACGGCCUGCAGUACUCGUGAUGCCGGCCAUGAUGUUUUGUUUAUUUACACAAUCAGCUCCCUCUGCACCCAGAUGUGUAUUUCUAAGCGUUCAAAAACUGUCAGCCCUUUGACCUUUCAGACACAAUUUAAGACACUGUAAUGUAUGAUUAUCCAACUACUGUCAUAUCAGAACUCUCAUGUAAUCAGAAAUAUAAUUCACACAUAUAAUUAUCAUAUAUAUCACACAUAUAAUUAUCCCUGUAUAAAAGUCGUUCACUUUACAGAACCUACACAGGUGUGCGGCAAUGGUUGGUGUGAUCGAAAACAAACGUCGUCUUCUUUGAUUUUUCAAUAAAACUUUAUUUAUUUAGCAAC